UCCCCGACAACCAGGUCCAUAACCAUGGCCAGCAACGAGCUUCCCGCCGAGCUCAUCGAGGCCAUCGUGGGGCACCUCCCGGUCGGCCCGGGGCGCGUGCCCAUCGCUACACUCACCGCAUGUGCGGCUGCGGCGUCGGUCUUCCGCGGGCCAGCUCAGCGAAGGUUGUUCACCAGACUGGUGCUGCGGUCGGCGACGAUCGAGGCACGCGCGGUGCAUCUGUAUGCUGACGCGGCCAGGCUAUUCGAAGAGGCCCCGCAUUUGGCGGGGUAUGUGCAGGCGGUGAAGCUGCAGCUGCCCGAUGCGGAAAAUGCGGGAUGGGCGGAGGAGCGGGGGAAGGCGGAGGCGGUGCUGCAUUUGCUGGAUGGCGUGAAGAGGGUUGAGGUGCACAGCGGACGGUGGGCGGGGUAUUCCCCUGCAGCGCUGGAAGUUUUCUUGGAUAUAUUCCGCGGUUUGGAGAGACUCGAACUCCGCGGCAUUGGCGGCCUCACGCCCCGACUGUUCCACCGGGUGCUCAUCGCUGCCACUGCGCUCGUACUUGACGGUGUCGCCCGAGGUGACAAACAGGAGGAGGAUCAGAUUGCGCCGAUUGGGCUAGAGACGUUGGAUGUCUCCAAUUGCCCGACCAUCUACCACCUUCUCCCCGACCCUGAAGACGCCCCGCAGGCUCUGCACGAUGUCACCCUUGCCCCGGUGCGCAGCGACGACGAGCUCGGCGUGUGGUUCGCCUUUUGCUCACAGUCAGUAGAGAAGCUGUCAAUCGAGUUCUACUACACGCACUUUUCCGAGAUGGUCGCGCUCCCCUCCUUCCCGUACCUCACCACGCUCCGCCUCGAAGACGUCCCGCUGUCAGACACCGAUACUCACCCGCCCGCCCUGCUCGCCGCGCUCCUCCAAUACUACACCACCCCUCUUCUCACUUCCCUGCACAUCACGUUCCAGUUUGAGGCUCACGACCUCCCGCUUUCCCCCGAGCAGUGGGCGGAGCUGGACGCCGCGAUCGCCGAGCACCCGAUGGCCGUGGCCGAUAGCCUCGAUGUGGAGUGCGUUAUUCCGUACUUCGACGGCCACACGGAAGCGUGCAAGGAUGCGUUUGCGCGGGUUAUGCCAAGGGCAACAGAGGCGGCUGUGUUGGAGGUGAGUGCCAGGAUGGGCGCCGCGGAGCUCGAGCUUGAGUUCUACUAA